CGGUGAGAAAGAAGGAAACAGAAGUGCCAGUGUAGCGGAAGUGGUACUGCCCUGUACGUUGAGCGAGACGGAGGACGGAGGCUGAAUCGUCCAGAGAGCGAAAAAAAGCAGGAUUAAAAGUCACACAUUUUUCUAGAAAAUGGAUAAGAACGACCUGGUACAGAAGGCCAAGCUGGCUGAGCAGGCUGAGCGCUACGAUGACAUGGCUGCAGCUAUGAAGUCGGUGACAGAGCAAGGAGCUGAGCUGUCAAAUGAGGAGCGCAACCUUCUUUCUGUUGCCUACAAGAAUGUGGUUGGAGCACGUCGUUCAUCUUGGCGUGUGAUUUCCAGCAUUGAGCAGAAGACUGAGGGUAAUGACAAAAAACAGCAGAUGGCACGUGAAUAUCGGGAGAAGAUAGAAACUGAGCUGCAGGACAUCUGCCACGAUGUGCUUGGGCUACUGGACAACUUUCUCAUUGCCAACGCAUCUUCUGCUGAAAGCAAGGUGUUCUAUCUGAAAAUGAAAGGUGACUAUUAUAGAUACCUUUCUGAGGUUGCCUCUGGAGACAUCAAGAAGGAUACCGUGGAUAACUCCCAGCAGGCAUACCAGCAAGCCUUUGACAUUAGCAAAGGAGAGAUGCAGCCAACACACCCAAUCAGGCUUGGCUUGGCCCUUAACUUCUCGGUGUUCUAUUAUGAAAUCCUCAACAACCCAGACAAGGCCUGCAGCCUGGCUAAGACGGCGUUCGAUGAAGCCAUUGCUGAACUUGACACUUUGAACGAGGACUCUUACAAAGACAGCACCCUGAUCAUGCAACUACUAAGGGACAACCUGACUCUGUGGACAUCAGAAAACCAGGCAGAUGAGGGAGAGACCGGAGACGGGGAAAACUAAUGGAAUUGCACUGUUUAUCCACCUACACUCUUAUCUUAAACACAGACAGCUUAUAUACAUCCCCCUCCACUCCAUCAGCCCCUCCCACUUCUGUAUGACAAGCAGCCUGAAUUGCUCCUGACAAACUAGUUUACCCCUCUCAGUUCACUGUGAGGUGACAGGGUAAUUUUCAGUUGUUAGCAGAUUCAGUCACUUUGUGGAAACAUGUUGUAUUGAUUAGUGAGUCCAUGUUGCUGUUCUUUUUUUUUUUUUGGUCAGCUUUGUGUGUAGGCCUGUGUGCAGUGUGUGAGCAAGUGUGAAUGGAUGUGAAAGAUUGUGUGCAUGUUCUGGGGUGGGGUAGGGGUGGGUGGGUGUUGUGAAUUCUAAUUGUCCUUCCAAAUUCCUUUCGUCCCGGCUAGAUUGUUGUGCAUUUUUCACCCCAUCUUUUGUUACUUUCUUAUUUUGUGAUUCCUCAUAUUUGCAGGUUUUAUUGUAUGGUAAUUAAACUGGCAGUUAAUUUUCCACCAAACACUGUGAUGGUCGGUGUCCCCCCCCCUCCAAAAAAAGCAGGUCUUGUUUUUCCAGAUGUGUACAAUCCUAUAUCUAGCUAAAUGCAAUUCUGCUGUGGACUCAUACAGAAGGAGGCUGGCUGUAUUGUGACACUGACAACUUGGUGUAAUGCUUCUUAAAUCAUGUUCACGAAUUCACAGAGACAAAUUUCUGAGGGACCCCAUAAAUUGUUAUGUUAGAUUUGUUCAGACAUUAGGACAUUCCACAUUUAGCUUUUGGAAAUGGCAGUGCUCCCUUUUUGGUUUGCCUUUUUUUUUUUCCCCUUUUUGAAACUAAGUAUGGAUUGUCAUUGUAGUUUUACUCACUGUUCAGGUGCUGCUUGAUCUAAGUACAAUGAAAAUUGUAUGUGCGUAAAGAUGUGGUUCCAUGUAUUUUUCAAGAUUGACUAUCAUCUGUAUGUAAAACUUAAAAGUAACCUUUUAUUGAUGUUAAUUGAAAAUGUCUUACCACACUGUAUCAACCCUGCUUGCAAAAAUAUUCCUCUUAAAGCGGUUGUUUUCUCCAAAAAAUAUUGUGCCUGGCUUUCUCUUACAGCAUUUAGUAUUUUCUUAUUAGGUAGCAGCAUCCGCUUGUUUGGAGUCAUAGAAAAGCUUAGAGCAGCUAAAGUCUCACCUCAAUUUUUAUCCAGGUGAAUCUGUCUACUUGUGGAAAAAUGAUGGGAAUUUGCUUAAAAAAAAGUCUGGUUGGUUUUAGUGGGUGGAAACAGCCAUUUUAUUCCUCGGGAAAGAACCUCAGUGUCACAAUACCAUUUUAUCACCACUACAUUCCACAUUACUGUAGUUCAAGACACCAUUCCACACCAUAGGUGGUGGUCUGUUUACACUGACAGUGCUCCAUUGAAUUGAAACCUGACCUGUUUGGGGGAAAAAAAAUGUCAGUUCAUUAUCAUGCUUGAUGAAAAUGCAGUUAGUGAAUGUGGAACGAAGCCUGUCUGUAUAUCAGGUAUCUAUUUGCUUUGUUUUUACUGAUAAGUCUUAUGGCUAAAAUUUGCUUCUGUAACAGUCUAUUACCCAGUGCACACACGUGGUUGUGAAAAUUUAGAAUAGCUAUAAAAUGCAUUGACAACAUGGAGAUAAACAAUGGUUGGUGUAAUUCUAGCUUUGUGUUUAUGUACUUAAAACCAUUCUAGUUUCACUAUACAUGUAAGAAAUAGGGAAGUGUCAAAGACCAUUCAGUGAAAUAAAGUUUUGUUUCAGAUAA